UUCCUUUAGAAAAAGCUUAUGUGUUCCAAACCAACAAAGUACAUGACGUUUGUGACACUGUUAAAUGAGAAAAAUGAGUACAACAACUUUGAAAAUGUGUCAUACAAGUGCAAUAGUCCAUAUGAUAAAAUCCCAGAGGGUACUUGGAUGUGUGAAGAUAAAGAGUGGCAUGGAGAUUUUGUCUGCACAAGUAAGAUCUGUCCACCGCCACCUCAUCUUGAACAUGGAGACUUUAAUGUAUAUAGAAAGAAUGGUGACGUAAUUACAGAGGUGUAUUAUACUUGCAAAAGAGACUAUGUGCUAGACAAACAACAGGAAUAUUAUACGUGUCAGAAUGGGAGAUGGGAGACCCCUCCAAAGUGUCUGGAGCCCUGUGAAAUUACACCUGACAUUACUGAGAAGUACAAUGUUCAACCCCCCCAAUAUAAGGUCUUUGUUAAACAUGGUGACACUCGUAAGACUUAAUUGCAAGUCUGGAUGGAAUGUUGGAGGUUUGGGGAGAUCUGAAUAUCUGGACGUGUCGUGUUCUAAUGGAGAGAUCAAAUCUGACAAAACUUGUAAG